AUGUCGAUACUUAGAUCUCCUGGGUCUAAGCAUACCCCCACCUACAAGCUGCAGGAUACUGGCCUUGGUGUAGGCUUGUUCUGUCCUAAAAAAGUCAUUAAUUCUGUAGAUGUUGGGGUGGGGACUGCCCAUGAUGGAGGUGAGCUUGAAGUGCCAGCCCUCUACGUGGUUGGUCGUUCUUGGGCCGACGGUGUCGUGGUUAUUCCAGGUGCUUCGUCCAUGAUCGCCCUCCACCAAAAUUUCAGUCACAUCGAACUUCAGUACCCUCGACUAAUUGUAGAACUGACCCUGAAACGCCGACCAUCAUAUUACGUCUACUACCUGAUAAUCCCCAUCACGCUUCUAUCUCUUCUCAGCUCCCUGGUGUUUGCUCUGUCCACAGAGUACGGGGACAAAGUGGCUCUGUCCAUGACGGUUCUACUCUCCUUCGGCGUGUUCCUGACUCAGAUGACCACAGACAUGCCAAAAACGUCCCGACAGACGUCCUACCUCACCAUCUACCUGACCGCUCUGCUCACCCUAAGCUCUCUCUCUGUGGCCAUGAUGAUCCUCAUUCUCAGGAUCUACAAGCGUCAAGGAAAGGUGCCCAAAGUGCUGCAGAAAUGGGUUGAUCUCUGGAAAUGUUUUUCGUCAGAUCAAAAGCAGACUGCUGCUGUAGAUCAAGAUCAUGCGGGUGACGUAAAUGCCAAGGUGAGCACAGAGGAUCCAUCCUGGAAGGAUGUGUCUGCCACGCUUGAAGCCAUGUGUCUGAGGUUAUUCCUCUUCAUGAAUAUCAGUCUCGGCAUCGUUCUCUUUACUAUACUCAUAGUUUUAACAAAUUGA